CUCAAAAGCUGUUGUCAUGUCAACCUGGCAAAGCUAAUCGUACAAAAUUCCAGUCAGUCUAGUUAGUUGGUUGAACUAAUUUCUGGACCUGCACCAUGCCGCCGCGUAAGCUGCCGCCCAUACCCAAGACGCAUGAGCGCACGCCUGGACCGCUGGGCCAGGAUACGCCCGCGAACAAUGAGAAGUUCCUCAAAGAUGUUUUCAAUACCACCAACAAGUAUCGCAAGAUGCAUGGCUGCCCCGAGCUGAAGAUCAACAAUGAGCUGAACAAGCACGCACAGCAAUGGGCCAAUCAUCUGCGCGAUAAGAACAUUAUGGAGCAUCGUCCCAAUCCCAAGUAUGGUGAGAACAUUUUCUUGUCCGGCGGCAUGGAUGUAACCGGCGAUCUGCCUGUGGACAUGUGGUAUAGAGAAAUCAACGCCUUCAAUUUCAACAAGCCCGACUUUGCACCCACCGCUGGACACUUCACGCAGCUCAUUUGGAAAGCAUCCACCGAAAUGGGAUCCGGCGUAGCUCGCAAAGCGGAUCGCACUUGGGUCGUUUGCAACUACAAUCCACCUGGAAAUGUUGUGGGACAGUUUAAAGAGAAUGUGCCACGCAAAUUAGAAUAAAUUUUGCAGGUCCAGAAAUAAUAUUCGAUGCC